AUGAUUCGGUCAAAACUUGCGAAUAAAAAUGAAGAACGUGUUGUACCACAAACUAUUGACCAAAUUGAAGCAUUAAAUGAUCUUUAUGCAACAUAUGCUCAUCCCAUAAAAUCUUCAUGUCAAACAAGUUCGAGAAAGCUUCAUCAGAAAAAAAAUGUAAUAUCAAUUUUAAAACAGCGUGAAACUGGUCAAAUAAAUUUUCAUCGUUAUCCAAAUGCACGAUAUAAUUUGAUGGAUAGUUUUUUGCCAAAUCAAGGUCAAGUUGUUGCAUCAAUGACAAGACCAACAUUUUGUGGACAAUUUUCUGAAGAUGGACAACGUUUCUUUAGUGCUUGUCAAGAUUAUUGUAUUCGUCUUUAUGAUACAACAACAUCACAAAUGUUUCGUCAACAAGCUGAAUUUGCAGCCGAGGAAGUGGGUUGGUCAAUAUUAGACACAGCUUUAUCACCUGAUCGAAAUAGUAUUGCCUAUGCUACAUGGUCUGAUUGUCUCUAUUUAAUUAAAUUAAAUGAAAGUCAAAGUCAAACAAACAUUAUCCCAUUACAUUUACAACCAUAUUCACAUAGUUUUUCAAUAUUUUCUUUACAAUAUUCAGUUGAUGGUUCAGAAAUAAUUGGUGGUUCGAAUGAUACAUGUGUAUAUAUAUAUGAUCUUCAUAAGCAGAGACGAACAUUACGUGUUCAAGCUCAUGAAGAUGAUGUAAAUGCUGUUCGUUUUAUUGAUGAUUCUAAUUCAUUAAUUGUUAGUGGUUCUGAUGAUAAUCUUAUUUCAAUUUGGGACCGACGAGCAUUAAAUGAAUUACAACCAAAACCCGUUGGUAUAUUUGCUGGUCAUACAAAUGGAAUUACUUUUGUACAUAGUCGAAUGGAUACAAGAUAUUUAAUUUCAAAUAGUAAAGAUCAAAGUAUUAAAUUAUGGGAUAUGCGUCAUUUUGCUAAUGAAUCAGCGAUAGAAACAAUUCGUACGAAAUCAAAUAAUACUGAUAAUGGUUGGGAUUAUCGAUAUGAUGGCUAUGGGCCAAAACCUCAAAAAUAUGAUUUACCAGGUGAUCCAAGUAUUCGUACAUAUUGUGGUCAUUCUGUACGUUAUACAUUAAUACGUUGUUAUUUUUCACCGUCAUUUACAACGGGACAAAAAUAUAUUAUAACAGGCUCUUCGGAUGGUUGUAUUAACAUUUAUGAUGUGCUUACCGGUACUGUUAAACUACGUCUUCGUAUUUGUGAUCGUAUGCAUGAAAGUCGUGAAAGAUGUAUACGAGAUGUAUCUUGGCAUCCGUAUGAAAAUUAUAUUAUAUCAACAUCGUGGGACAGUCCUCAAGCACACGUACGUUGGACACAUUCGUUUGAUGAAACAAUAGAUUCUAAAUCAUCCUGUUCAUCUGAACCAAACGUUGUUGAUGUGGAACAAUUAACUCCACCAAUAUUACAACGUCCAUCAGCAUUAUUAAGAAGCCUAUUAAAUCGACAGUUUCUCGGUUAUUAUUUCGAUCAGAGUACGAAUGAAGAUUCAUCACCAGAAGAAUGA